AUGGACCUUCAAAAGCUAAAUGAUAAAAGGCUCUCCAACAAGAGUAAAUUCAACAUUGUUAAAUCCUACUUUGAAAGAAAUCAUGAGAACAAUUUGAACAAGGAAACUACCUUGGCGGAAAUUACUGCUUAUCCAAUUGUAAAAUACCUUCAACUUGCAGUUAAAGAUAAUGUAUUUAUAGGAACACUCAAGGAUGAAGAACUUCUACUGAUUAUAAAAUUCAUUGAAAGAUUAAUUGAUAUAAGAGAAGCAGAAGCUGUGCCAACAAAUGAAGACUCAGAGAUUCAUGUCCAAGAUUUAUCCAACAAUCAAAUAAAGAACCUUCUUUCCGUUCAAUUUGAUGUCAAACAUAAUCGACCAAAAACCUGGUUCAGUGUUGAACAUUUAACGAUUCAUCAUACAAUCAUCAUAAGAAUUCCAGGUACAAAGAACAAGAAUGAUCAAAGAAUUGGCAAUAUUGUGACUGAACAAGUGGAAAAUCUUCUUGAAGAGGCAAAUGAUGACAUCGGAUCGGCUGAAGAGGUUGUCCCAGGCUUUGAUUCGGCUAAGAUUCGUUGCUCAAAUGUUGCAGAGAGGAAGAAGAUUUUCUCAUAUAUUUCAAAACAAAAACCUGAAUGGGAAGCAAAAAUACCACCGAUAAGUGACCCUCAAGUGAAAAUAAUAGAUGUUAAAUUUUCCACUGAACAAUCAGAGCAAUGGAUCGAAAGACUCAUCAUAAAGAAUAGAUGGAAAAAGUGUUGGAAAAUUCAAAUUAAACAUGCGUAUCGUUCAGGAAACUAUUACGAUGUAAUAAUAGAAAUUGAUCCAGCUCUUCGUGAAUGGUUUGAGAAAACAAACGGUCAGAUAUCAGUGGGCUAUAAAAAGGCAAAAGUUGUUGACCAUUUUGAUAUUCGUCAAUGUCAAAGGUGCACAAAGUUCGGUCAUUUAUCAAAUCGAUGCUCUCAAAUUGGAAUCUGUCCCUACUGCGGAGAAAAGAAUCAUAUUCAUGAAGAGUGUUCGAUUAAAAAUGAUCAAAACAAAUGGCGAUGCCCAAAUUGUAAGAAGAUGGGACACAAUGCUUGGGAUAAAAAUUGUUCUUUCUUUCAGGAGCGCUUACUAUAUGAGCUUGAACGAAAGAAUUAUCAAUAUAAGAUAAUCAUGGCCUAGAAGCAAAGAAAUUUUUCUACCCUUUAGCGUCAUGAUUAAGACUCGACAGCUCAUCGAAAACAUGUUAAUUCCCAAAUGAUCCUCUUAAUUAUCCUCAACAGCUAAUCCAAGUCUCAUUUCUCUUCCUAAUUCUUGGACAAAGCUUACACUUAAUUGUUUUUUUCCUUUAAACUGAAAAUAAAUUACACUUAAUUGUUUUUUUCAUUCUAAACUGAAAGUUAAUUACACUUAAUUGUUAUUUUCAUUUUAAACUGAAAAUUAAAUACAAUAUCCAGUCUUGUUAAUCGGUAGAAAAUAAAUGGAAACAUAAACAAACUUAA